UAAAUAGUUAAGUACUGAAGCUCUAUAUAGUGAAAAAAAAUACUAUGUAUGAUCAAUCAAUCAAUCAAUCAAUCAAUACAUUGAUAAAGAAAUAUCCUAUUAAAAAAUAUUGUAUAUAAGCAAAUAACUAUCACCAAAUACUUCAAGUGUGCUACAUAAUAUAUAAUAUAUAAUAAAUAAUAAAUGUCGUAGCACUACUAUGAUACCAGUAGUCAUUCAUCAGAUAACUAAUUGUUGAUAAUAUCGAAAGGUGCGCGCGUCUGUAACCAAAAGAUUAAAAUAAAUAAUUUAAAAGUAUACUGCGCGUUAUUAUUACGGAUGUUAAUCAUUUACUUUAUUAGUAAUAACAUAUUAACAUAUUAUUAACAUAUAUAUUAACAUAUAAGAAUAAUGUCUGAUUUUGGAAAUUAUGGAGGUUAUGGAGAUGGAGGAUUUAGUACUGAUGUUGGAGGUGGAUUCAGUACUGAUAGUGGAGUCAAUGAAAGAUCACAAACUAGAACUAGUUUAACUCCUGUAACAAUUAAACAAAUUAAUGAUGCUCAUCAAGAUAUUCCUGAUGGAGAAUUUAAAAUUCAUAAUAAUGAAUUAAAUAUGGUAAGUUUUGUUGGAAUUAUAAGAAAAGUUGAAGAACAAGCUUCUGGUGUUAUUAUAAAAGUUGAAGAUGGAACUGGUAGUAUUGAUAUUAAAAGAUGGACAGAUAAAAGUGGUAGUUUACUGGAAGAUUUAGAGAAAUAUAAUCAAGAAUUAAAUAAAUAUAUUUUUGUAAGUGGAGCUUUAAAAAGUUUUAAUGAUAGAAAGUCUAUUCAAAAUUCAGUUAUUUAUCCUGUAACAGAUCAUAAUCAAAUAUUAUAUCAUCAUUUAAGUGCAAUAAAUGCUCAUUUAAAAGCUCAAGGUGUUACUAAUAAAUCUUCUCAACCAACAAAUGGAUUAUUUGUUUCUGAAAAUGAUAAUUCUUCUGUAUCACCUGAAGAUCUUGUUUUUAAUAUUGUUAGAGAUAAUUCUUAUUCAAUGCCAUCAGGUGUAAGUAUUGCACUUAUUACUCAGAAAUCAACUUUAUCAAAUGCUGAAAUCCAUUUUAUCUGUCAAAAUUUAACAGAACAAGGUAAACUUUAUCAAGGUUCAGAUGAAGAUAGUUACUUAUGUGUUUAAAUUUAUAUAUAUU